UUCUUCUGCCUUGGAACCAGUUCUAAGAUGGAAGUCUUUCCGUGGUUUGGCUUGGAUAUUGGUGGAACCUUGGUCAAGCUGGUUUAUUUCGAACCCAAAGAUAUCACUGCUGAAGAAGAGGAGGAGGAAGUGGAAAGUCUUAAAAGCAUUAGGAAAUACCUAACCUCAAACGUGGCAUAUGGGUCCGCAGGCAUUCGGGAUGUCCACCUUGAAUUGAAGGAUCUGACCUUGUGUGGACGUAAAGGCAAUCUGCACUUUAUACGCUUUCCUACUCAUGACAUGCCUGCUUUUAUUCAAAUGGGCAGAGAUAAAAACUUCUCAAGUCUCCACACUGUCUUUUGUGCCACUGGAGGUGGAGCGUACAAAUUUGAGCAGGAUUUUCUUACAAUAGGUGAUCUUCAGCUUUGCAAACUUGAUGAACUAGACUGCUUAAUUAAAGGAAUUUUAUAUAUUGAUUCUGUUGGAUUCAAUGGACGGUCACAGUGCUAUUACUUUGAAAACCCAGCUGAUUCUGAAAAAUGUCAGAAGUUACCCUUCAAUCUGAAAAAUCCAUAUCCUCUUCUUCUGGUGAACAUUGGCUCUGGGGUUAGCAUCUUGGCAGUAUAUUCCAAAGAUAAUUAUAAGCGUGUCACUGGUACCAGUCUUGGGGGAGGAACUUUCUUUGGUCUUUGCUGUCUUCUAACUGGCUGCACCACCUUUGAAGAAGCUCUUGAAAUGGCAUCCCAUGGAGAUAGUACGAAGGUGGAUAAACUAGUACGAGACAUUUAUGGAGGGGACUAUGAGAGGUUUUCAUUGCCAGGCUGGGCUGUAGCCUCUAGUUUCGGAAACAUGAUGAGCAAGGAGAAAAGAGAGGCCGCCAGCAAAGAGGACCUGGCCAGAGCGACUUUAAUCACUAUCACCAACAACAUCGGCUCAAUAGCACGAAUGUGUGCUCUGAAUGAGAACAUUAACCAGGUGGUAUUUGUUGGAAAUUUUUUGCGAAUUAAUACCAUUUCCAUGAGACUUCUUGCAUAUGCUUUGGAUUAUUGGUCCAAGGGGCAGUUGAAAGCACUUUUUUCAGAGCAUGAGGGUUAUUUUGGAGCAGUGGGUGCUCUCCUGGAGCUGUUGAAAUUACCCUGAUCUGUUGUCUGAAAUUACUACCAGAGCCUUCCACAACCACAACGGAAUAUGCAGACUUUUUUCCCCACUAGAGGAAAAAAAAAAAAAGAUGUAUUCCAGUGGCUUUUAUAAUAAUAGAGUCUGACCUGAAUCAAAGUGAGAGAAAAGACAGAUGUAUUUUUUAAGUUGUGAAGAGAAAUCUUGAGUUACCCUAAGAGAAACCUCUAAAAGAAGCAAAUAUAGAGGGGUGGACUCUGCCCAUUCAUUAAGUAUCCUCUGUUUAAAUUCCUUCAGUAAAGUCAUGUUAAACCUGCUGUGUGGGAAAUGGUGUCACUCAAUGGAGUCUCUUCAGGGGAACUAGACUUCAGCAGGCAGUGGUUUGAUGUCUUAUCCAGAAUGUUAAAUGUCAGUCACCUCGUCUGUAUUUUAAUCUAAUCACAUCUUUUGUAAAUAUGCUUUUGGGAGUCUUUUUUCCAUGUUAUUACUUAAGUGUUGGUUUUCAGGUCCUUGUGUUGAUGAGAAUGUCAAAGUGUAACUAUGAUGUGUAUGUACAUACAUCUUUUUAAAAAGUGUUUUAUUCUGAAAGGUUCUGUGUUCAAUCCUAGGGGUUUAAUAAUUUGUGUACCAUUUUACUAAACUUUUAAAACUAGUAUGUUUUAAAAAAGCAAUUUGUCAGAUUAUAUUAUAAUUUUUUAUCUUGGGCUAAAGUAUUUUUUGAAAGCAUUUCCUCUCAAGAACAGCAGUGUUUACUUCCCUUUUUUUGUGGAUUGGAUUGAGACACUUUCUCAGUGUGUGUAUGUGUGGUUUGUCUAGUUUGUAUAUGAAUGAACUAGUGGAUAAAGCAAAAGUCUGGUCUAGGCUUAAUUUAGAUUACCCAAAAAAGGCAAGCAACUAAUAAAAUGGACAAGUUGUCAAGAGGUGGGAACUUGGCUACUACUUCAGAUUUAGUAGAAAAUUAAUUUGGAAGCUUUAUUUGAACAUCUAAAGAGAAAUAUUUCUUGUAAGCUAUAGAAAAUACAUGCUUUUGCUGUUCUUUGGAGAAUACAGAAGAAAUAAUCAGAAGAAAAAUUCUUUAAGAGUCUGGCAGAGAAAAAAUAUCUUAAUUCUGAUUUGAAAUUGUAAUUUUAUUAGGCAGUUUUGGUGGGUCCAAACUCAAACACUGGAUUUUCCAAAAUUACAGGAUCAGAAUUUUAAAUUUUUUACCCCUAAAACUUAAGAACUUUGUUUAAGAGUUGCUUUGACAGUGACCGCUGCUGUCAUUUAUAACCUAGAGCAGGCAGGGCAUUGGUGGGUUCCUUCUAAGCACAAAAUGUCGUCCUUCCAAAGAUUCUCAGGCUCCUCUUCUGUCUGUCUUCUCAGGCCCUGUGCAUGGCUUUUUCUCCCCUACCCCCUGAGGACAAUUUUUCUAAAGGAAACUCUUAUAAAGAUUAAUGUAGUGAUGAUGUCCUGUUAUGGAAGUGGCUAUACAGAGCAGUGAUCAGAAAAGAUGAGAUAAACUUGGGAGAUAUUGGUGGAAAUUAGCUCCUUGGAGUCUGGUCUUUCUCCUUGGAUUCGUUUAGUAGGACAGGCACAAAAAAAGACCCCAGGGAAUGACUUGCAAUGCUUUCUCUUGAUUGUGCACUGGGGAAUAUGCCUUAUUUUUUCUGUACACUCAUCCUUGUUGACCAUGUAAGUUCUUCAGUAGUUUGGCUUAGUGCAAUGAUGUAUUUUAUUCAGAUAGUUGUAGUUCUGAGCCUGUUCUCGCCUUCUCUUCUCUACUAUCCUUCAUUUCUCUACUUUGCCUGCUUCAUCAGUAUUUGUAUAACUGUAUGCACACAGCCUUGGAAUACUGGAAACUGUUUUGGAGAGGGCCUAGAAUUUGGCCUCUUUAUUUUGAACACUGAAUUUAUGUAUGCGUGAUGUAUUAAAAACUUUCUUUUGUAAAGCAGCUUUUAAAAUUUCACUGUGGAUACACGA